AACCACACUCCCCCUCCUCACUCUUCACACACACACUCACACACACCCACGGCAGACACGCACGCACCCGGGCGCCGAAGGGAAAGCCGCGUCUCGCCUUCCUGCCCCGCCGCCAGUCCUGUCUCGGCCUCUCAGCAAAGCGGGAAAGCGGAGGCCGGAGCCGUGACCUCUGACCCCGUGGUUAUGCAGAGCCGCCGCAUUCCUUAGCGAUCGCGGGGCUGCCGCCGCUGCCGCCACCGUGGGCGACUGACGCAGCGCGGGCGCGUGGAGCCGCCGCCACCCCUCCCCCCCCGCCGCCCUCGCGCUAGCCGAUCCCCGCGCACCCGCCCCUUCUCACCGGCCGCACCCGUCCUCGCGCGCCGUCGCCACGCGCCCCCCGCCGCCGCCGCCACCCCAGCCCCGCGCCUCUGCCGCCCGCCCCGCCCGGAGGUCCCGCGUGGAGCCGCCGCCGCCAGGGAGGAGGAGGAUGAAGGACAAACAGAAGAGGAAGAAGGAGCGCACGUGGGCCGAGGCCGCGCGCCUGGUACUAGAAAACUACUCGGAUGCUCCAAUGACACCAAAACAGAUUCUACAGGUCAUAGAGACAGAAGGACUAAAGGAAAUGAGAAGUGGGACAUCUCCUCUUGCGUGUCUCAAUGCCAUGCUACAUUCCAAUUCAAGAGGAGGAGAGGGCCUCUUUUAUAAACUGCCUGGCCGCAUCAGUCUUUUCACACUCAAGAAGGAUGCUCUGCAGUGGUCUCGCAGUCCGACUGCAGUGGAGGGUGAGGAGCCAGAGGACACAGCUGAUGUGGAGAGCUGUGGAUCUAAUGAAGCCAGCACUGUGAGUGGUGAAAAUGAUGUUUCUCUUGAUGAGACAUCUUCAAAUGCAUCCUGUUCUACAGAAUCUCAGAGUCAGCCUCUUUCCACUUCCAGGGACAGCUACCGAGCUUCCUCGCAGGCCAACAAGCAAAAGAAAAAGACUGCGGUGAUGCUUCCACGAGUUGUCCUGACUCCUCUGAAGGUAAACGGGGCCCACGUGGAAUCUGCCUCAGGGUUUUCAGGCCGCCAUGCCGAUGGUGAGAGCGGCAGCCCAUCAGGCAGCAGCAGUGGCUCCCUGGCCCUGGGCAGUGCUGCUCUCCGGGGCCAGGCCGAGGUCGCUCGGGACCCUGCCCCACUCCUGAGAGGUUUCCGGAAGCCGGCCACAGGUCAAAUGAAGCGCAACAGAGGGGAAGAGAUAGAUUUUGAGACACCUGGGUCCAUUCUUGUCAACACCAACCUCCGGGCCCUGAUAAACUCGCGGACCUUCCAUGCCCUGCCGCCCCACUUCCAGCAGCAGCUCCUGCUCCUCCUGCCUGAGGUGGACAGACAGGUGGGGACAGAUGGCCUGUUACGUCUCAGCAGCAGUGCCCUGAAUAACGAGUUUUUUACUCAUGCGGCUCAGAGCUGGCGGGAACGCCUGGCUGACGGUGAAUUCACUCAUGAAAUGCAAGUCAGGAUACGACAGGAAAUGGAGAAGGAAAAGAAGGUGGAACAAUGGAAAGAAAAGUUCUUUGAGGACUACUAUGGACAGAAAUUGGGUUUAACGAAAGAAGAGUCAUUACAUCAGAACAUAGGCCAGGAGGAGGCUGAAAUCAAGAGUGACUUGCGUGUCCCAGAAGAACCAGCACGGCCACAGCGGGGUCCAGCCACCCGGCAGCGAGAUGGGCAUUUUAAGAAGCGCUCUCGGCCAGAUCUCCGAACCAGAGCCAGAAGGAACCUAUACAAAAAACAGGAGCCAGAACAAACAGGGAUUGCUAAAGACACACAGCCUGUGGCAGCAGAGAGUCUCCCCAUCCUUGCUGGGGAGGCUCAGUCCAACUUGGCAGAAGUGGGCAGUCCCCGCCGGCCCAGCAUAUCCUCUGCGGUGCCCGGUCCAGAGAGUCCUGAAUUUCUGGCUGAACCUGGCACUGCCCGGAUCCAGACAGAUCCAGGUGACCUGCCACGGGCCUCUGCAUCUCCAGACAGAAUUCCCAGCUUGCCUCAGGAGACUGUGGAUCAGGAACCCAAGGAUCAGAAGAGGAAAUCCUUUGAGCAGGCGGCCUCUGCAUCCUUUCCCGAAAAGAAGCCCCGGCUUGAAGAUCGUCAGUCCUUUCGUAACACAAUUGAAAGUGUUCACACCGAAAAGCCACAGCCCACCAAAGAGGAGCCCAAAGUCCCGCCCAUCCGGAUUCAACUUUCACGUAUCAAACCACCCUGGGUGGUUAAAGGUCAGCCCGCUUACCAGAUAUGCCCCCGCAUCGUCCCCAUCACGGAGUCCUCCUGCCGGGGCUGGGCUGGUGCCAGGACCCUCGCAGACAUUAAAGCCCGUGCUCUGCAGGUCCGAGGGGCGAGAGGCCACCACUGCCAUCGAGAGGCGGCCACCACUGCCAUCGGAGGGGGGGGUGGCCCGGGUGGAGGUGGCGGCGGGGCCACCGAUGAGGGAGGUGGCAGAGGCGGCGGCAGUGGUGAUGGUGGUGAGGCCUGUGGCCACCCUGAGCCCAGGGGAGCCCCGAGUUCCCCUGGAGAGUGUGCGUCAGAUCUACAGCGAACACAACUACUGCCGCCUCGUCUUCUAGACAGGGAGGGUGCCCAGGCUGAAGCUGCCAUAUCCAGAGCCAGUGGAGAGGACCUGGAUCCAUUCAGAAAAGAGGAGAGCUGCCCACUACAGAGGGAUCCAGAUAUCCUCACAAGCGAGCUGACUGGUGCCUCCCAGCUACCCAUUGCUCCCACUGGGGACCAGCCAUGCCAGGCUUUGCCCCCACUGUCCUCCAAAACCCCAGCACCUGAGAGAUUAGUUGGGCAGCCUGCAUUGCAUCUAGAUGUUAGAACUGACUAUGGGGCCGGUACUACUUGGGAAAGGGAUAAUGGGGAACGAGGACCCACUGUUCCCACAGAGAAUGGUCCCAUUCAGUCUCCAGUGGGGGAUGUUGUGUUAGCAGAAGGGACUGGCCAGACUCUGGGUGGCGACAGUAAGCCCAUCCUGAAGGAUCCUGUGACUGUGACCCCCGGUUCCAGCCCUGACUCUUCAUUGGCCAGUGGCCUGCAGGACAGACAGUGCGAUGAUGGAUUCGGACUUGGUGACUCACACCCGCCCGUGAGGGAAAGUGCUACUAGACAAGAAACCAUGACAGCCGAGACUCUCCUUGCCAAUGGUGCUGCUCCUUGGGUGCCCGUCCUGUCAGAUGACGGGGCAGCAGGACAGCCUGAGCCAAAUGCCAGAGGAAGUGUUCCCCCUGCUGAGCUCCAGGUGGGAGAGGAGUGGGAGAAAGCUGCUCCCCUCGUUCCUGCACUGCCCGAGGGCCUGGCUGCUGAGGACAAUCCAGAGCCUCCCAGCAACAUCCCUUCGUUCUGGACUGUGCCACCCCAGGGGUGUGGUGACAGUGCUGGCAGUGACUUCAGACAGGUGGCAGUUGAAAAACUGAAAGUCAGUGGAGACUCGGAAGCACUGAGUCCUCACAGCGAGUCCACAGACACAGCCUCUGACUUUGAAGGCUACCUUUCUGAGGGCAGCAGUGAGGCUGACCCUAGGGAAGCCACGGUGGUGAAACGGCCCUUGGUGACAGACAAGGAUAAGAAACAGGAUUGGAGCCACUCUGCCUCACUCUCUAAGGUGAACGGUGACCUGAGUCUGGUUACAAGGACAGACGGGAUGGCUGCUCCUCAGAGCUGGGUAUCUCGCAUAUGUGCAGUCCCCCAGAAGGUCCCAGACUCCCUGCUGUUGGCCAGUACUGAUGGUCAGCCACAGCCCAUGUCCCUGGGCAGGCCUGGGUCCUCAGUGGAGGCCACUAACCCACUUGUGAUGCAGUUACUACAGGGCAGCUUGCCCCUAGAGAAGGUUCUUCCUCCAACCCACGGGGGCAGCAAGCCCGAAUCCCCACGGCUCCCACUUACAGAACAACAGAGCCACGGUGGCUCCCUGGGGAUGGGAUCUUUGCAAGAUUCUGCAGAAAAUAGUUGUACGGUUAACAAGAGCAGCCUCAGUUCCUUAAGAGCUUCGAAGGAGCCUCUUCCCCCUGAGAGCCUUGAAGCAAGCACUGGCCUUGCCAGGCUGGAGGCCAUCCAGGCUCCUGGGAUGCCCCAAAAGAUUUCUAAGACAGUCCCAAAAUUAGACUCCCUAUAUCCAGUGACAAAUCCAGCGGCUGUCUCUGGGAAAGUAGAAGAAGUGGAUUCCAAAGAGCAGUUCUCCCCCUUCAGUUUGGAGGAUCCGAAGGAAGCCCGUGGCCUGUCUCAGUGCAGUAAUUCAAAUGCCCUGGGUAGAAGUCCAGGCAAUCUCACUACCUCGAGAGCCCCUUGUUUCUCAUCUCCAAAUGUGAUCUCCUUGGGUCCCGAUGUGACAGACCAGGCCCAGGGUAAUCAGAACAGUGCUGGAGGCCAAGGGAAGAAGCUCUUUGGCUCUAGGAACGUGGCUCCUGCCCUUCAGUGCCCCAGGCCUGGGGAAACACAGCCACUUCCCACUGAUGCCCCGCCCAGUUUUCCUAGUAGGAAGUUGCCAUCAAGCAAAAACUCUGUGUCUGGUGGAGUGAAGACUGCCAGGGAAGACUGGUCUCCAGAGCCACCGCCUGCCUCUGUUGGCGGCGUCAGGAGCGAGAAGACCUGUGGGGGGUCUCCUCUCAAGGCAAAUACAGAGAACAGAAAUGCCGCUGGGCUUAGUCAACGGGAACGGGAGCUGGUGGAUCACUUGCAAGGGAUGCCCUUUGUCCUUGACCUGCCCUUCUGGAAAUUACCCCGAGAGCCUGGGAAAGGGCUCAGUCAGCCCCUGGAGCCUUCUUCCAUCCCCUCCCAACUCAACAUCAAACAGGCAUUUUAUGGGAAGCUUUCCAAGCUCCAACUGAGUUCCACCAGCUUUAAUUACUCCUCCAGCUCCCCCGCCUUUCCCAAAGGCCUUGCUGGAAGUGUGGUGCAGCUGAGCCACAAAGCAAACUUUGGUGCGAGCCAUAGUGCAUCACUUUCCUUGCAAAUGUUCACCGACAGCAGCACGGUGGAAAGCAUCUCGCUCCAGUGUGCGUGCAGCCUGAAAGCCAUGAUCAUGUGCCAGGGCUGUGGUGCAUUCUGUCAUGAUGACUGUAUUGGACCCUCAAAGCUCUGUGUAUUGUGCCUUGUGGUGAGAUAAUAAAUUAUGGCCAUGGGAAAAGUUGUAUAUUUAGUGUGUGUAUUUUGAUAAUGAUCUUAUAUCUGUAUACAGAAUAUCAUUGAUAUAACAGACUCUGUCUUUCUGGGCAAGGGUACUCUUGCCUCUCCCUAAAAUUUAUAGUGCUAAAGCCUCUCUGUCCCUUAACCAACCCUUCUGAUCUUGCUGGAAGGGUUUCCUGUAGGGCAGCUCGCUGGGCUGCCCAAAACUGGCCAGCCAGCCAGCCAGAGCACUCUCGCAGACAGUCAGAGCCUGGUGUGGCGUGGGAAGCCUGCCUGACAUCCAGAGGGACUUGAAACUGAAGAAAGAAGGUAGUGUUCUCCACCAAGGGAACCAGCUACCUGAACUGAGUAGAAAUGUCUGUCUUCCACUGCCCGCGCUUCCUGCCAUCAUUCUUGUGCUACUAUGAAUUGUUGAUGUCUGGGGAAGAAGCCAGCACAGGGUUAUGGUAACUACCAUCAGUGCCCACCAGAGGGCUCAAGCACCUGCUGACCUCGGGGUCACAGAUGAGUCAUUUGACAGUUGAUGGAGCCAGCUUGACCUUUGGUUCUGUUGCUGAAGCCAAUUUGGGACUUUCCUGUCUCAGUAAAUCCACUGGCUCAUGGGAGCUUUUGGAACCCUGAAUAGACUUGCGUGGACAAUGGGGUUGGACAUAGGAUUGUCUUUCCUCUUAAAAUGUCAUCUGCAGACCUUGUAAGUCAGAUGUCCAGAUGUUUGGCAGGUGAAUUCCUCUGCUUAACACCCUCCCCAUCACUUUGGACUCUGUGGGAGUGGGCAUUUCCACGCACCUGUGUAUGUGAAAGUCAUUUUACAUUUCAAAGCAGUGUGUGUUUCUUAUUUUUAUAUUUUUAACACUUUAUCCUUGGAUGUAUAAAGUGAACUUUUUGGCUUCUGUAAGUAUGCUCUAUGCACCUCUAAUGUUUAUCAUGUAUUUAUAUGUUGUACACAGUACUGGCCGAUUCUGUAAAUGGAUGUAUUGUACAGAGAACAUGAACGUCUCCCUUACUUUCCGUCUUUGGCAUCAUUGCAUUAAAGUGGUGUAAUUGACUUCUCUCACCUGUGUCAGAGCCACUGCAUGCUGUGCUGCCUGACGUGAGGGUGGAGUGAUUGACUUGUGAUCUGCCAGGUUGGCCCGGUGCCCUGUCACGGGUCACCCAGUGGACCUGCCACAGCCUGCAGAGCCAUGGUCAGCCCACCUGCACGCUACUGAGCAAAUGUGUCUUGCUCCUCACAUUUCUUCUCCAACCUUCAACUGGCUGCUGGCUGCCGUAAGUGACAAAUCACCAUCACCAGUGUUAAAUUCUUCUGGAUUCAGGGGUGAGUGUCCUGGGUGGACCCCAGGCAGGCCUUCUAGACCUGGCUCCAGGGUCACCGCCUAUCAGCAAUACCAGGGACCAUACUCUCCUGGGGCCACUGGGCUCCUUUUGAUGUACCUUUGAAAGCAGGUUGGGGAAGAAACAGUCAUACCUGUUGCCUGCCUCUCCCAAAACGUUUCCGGCAAAUAGUUGUCUCCCUUCACCCUGCUUCCUGCCUUAUUUCUUAUACCCUGACUUUUUGAGUCCUCCUCGUUUAACUUAGGUCUCCCUGUGUGAGUGCUUCUGUAUGAAGUAUAUGUUCAGUGUGGCUUCAAGCCUGAUGUCAUCCAAAAGCCCCGUCCCCUCCACCGUUUCAUUCACCCUUUGUGGCAUUUUUGUCAUCUUGAAGCCUGAGUGAGAAGUUGGCAAUAUAUGAUGAUUUAAAUGCAGUAUUGGCGAAGUCCAAGUUGUCAACUUCAAGAGUCUUUUUACCAAAGACAGGAAGCAGGGGCCCGGGUGUGAUCCCCUUCUGCUCUGACCUUCAGGGCCACCUAGGGUGUAGUUUGAAACUGGCCUGGUCCAUGGGACUGCCUGGGGAAAGCACUGCUCUUGUGUGUCUUUUGUGGUAUUGGAAAAAUAAACCUGUACAACCUG